GUGGCUGGAAACUGAAGAAGCCAUGGAGAGGGACGGUGCUGCCUUCGUGCCCACAGCAGACCCCACGCAGCACUUCCACGCGGCCCUGCUGGAGCAGCGGCAGAGGCUGCGCGGCCAAAUCGCGCACCUCCAUCGGGCAGCUCGGAAACUCAGCCAGCUCCGCCGCAGCUCCCUGAUCGCCAACGUCAGCGGGAGCGCCCUGACGGCCGCCGGGGCGCUCACGGCCAUCCUGGGGCUGUCCCUGAGCCCCGCCACGCUCGGAGCCUCUCUGCUGGCCUCGGCCGUGGGCCUGGGCCUGGCCACGGCCGGCGGCGCCGUCAGCAUCACUUCCGACCUCUCCUUGGUGCUCUGCAAUUCCCGGGAGGUGAGGAAGGUGCAGGAAAUUGCGGUGACUUGUCGGAAACAGAUGAGGGAAAUACUGGGCUGCCUGGAGUUCCUUCGCCGGGGGCAGGGCCCGGGCGACCCGGCGCUGCGGCAGUCGGAGAAGAGGGCGUCCAUCUCGCUCUACAACUCCGUCUGCUUCAUGGUCCUCUGCGGCUCCCACAGCUUCCUCGUGCCAGAAUGCACAAAGGAGGCCACCAAAGUAAGCCAGGCUGUGCUCAAGGCCAAAAUUCAGAAGCUGGCUGACAACCUCGAGACCUGCACCAGGGCAAUGGAUGAAGUCUGUGAUCUUCUGGAGUCCAGAACAGAGUUUUCCCCACGCACGAGGAGACACAGCUUGGGUGCUAAAACCACUGCCGAGAUCCCGAGACCCUGCAGCUGAAGCAGUGUUUGGCCCAUAUAAAAACUGGGUUUGGAGACAUUGCAUUAUUUACUGUGACCAUUAUCACUGCUACCUGUUGUUUUACAGUUCACAGUGCUGGUGCUGUGAGGUGGACGUUCUGCAGAGCCCUUUUUCCCCAGCCAUUUCCACUGCUCUGCUUCCCCAAGUAAGCAAAAAGAAGUAGGUCAGGAGGCAGAUGAAAUACCUGAUGCUGACUGAACCUGGUUAGUAAACAACUUAUGAAUCUGUGUGUGGUACAAGGGCUGGAGUACCCUAAAAAAGCCAGCAGCUGCCAAUUUCCAGUAGAGUACAAUCCCAUUACUAAGGUACAUCUGGAAAGGCUGUAGAAAGAAGCAGCUCCAGAUAUGACAAACUGUAUGGAUAGUUCACCAUCCCAGGG